ACUUCCAAGGGAGAAGCGCCGAGGCUCUUGUCUUCUCUCCCCACCGAAUCGAUCACCAAACGGAGGAAGGCGGAUGGGCAUGAUCAGUGAGGUCCCAGCUCCACAGCCGUUGCUUCGUUCCAUCCAUCUCGUCUCCUCGCAGCGGCCAUGGAGGAUCGUCGCGGGGGCGCCGUGGGAGGAGGAGGUGAGAUCGACAAGAGCUCGGCGCUGGGCGAGGUCAAGAGGCAGCUGCGCCUCGCCGCGCCGCUCGCCGCCGCGCUCCUCCUGCAGAAGGUCAUCCAGACCAUCUCGAUCUUGUUCGUCGGCCGCCUCGGCGAGCUCCCCCUCGCCAGCGCCUCCCUGGCCACCUCCUUCGCCAACGUCACGGGCUUCAGCUUGCUGUCAGGCAUGGCGAGCAGCCUGGACACGCUGUGCGGGCAGGCCUUCGGCGCCGGCCAGCGCCACCUGCUCGGCGUCUACAAGCAGCGCGCGAUGCUGGUGCUCGCCGUGGCGAGCGCCCCCGUCGCGUUGGUCUGGGCCUACACCGGCGAGAUCCUCGUGUGGUUCCGGCAGGACCGGGAGAUCGCCGCGGGGGCUGGCAGCUACAUCCGGUGCAUGAUCCCAGCGCUGUUCCUGUUCGGGCAGCUGCAGUGCCACGUCCGGUUCCUGCAGCCGCAGAACGUCGUCGUGCCGGUGAUGGCCAGCUCCGCCGCCACCGCCGGGGCGCACGUCGCCGUCUGCUGGCUGCUGGUGCGCCGGCUGGGCAUGGGGGCCAACGGAGCCGCGCUGGCCAACGCCGUCUCCAACCUCGUCAACCUUACGGUCCUGGCGCUCUACGUCAGGGUCUCGCCGGCCUGCAAGGACAGCUGGACGGGGUUCUCCCGCGAGGCGUUCCGCGGCAUCCCUGCCUUCCUGAAGCUCGCCGUGGCGUCCGCUGCCAUGGUCUGUAUGGAGUGGUGGUCCUUCGAGAUCCUUGUGCUUCUUACAGGUCUUCUCCCCAACCCAAAGCUCGAGACCGCCGUGAUGUCUAUCUGCUUCAACACUUAUGUCUUUGCAUUCAUGCUCCCGCAGGGACUUGGUGCUGCAGCAAGCAUUCGUGUUUCGAACGAGAUUGGUGCAGGACGACCACAGGCGGCACGCCUUGCGACGCGGGUGGUCGUUCUCCUGGCGAUCUCCCUGGGCGUUUGUGAAGGACUUGUGAUGGUGCUAGCGCGCAAUCUGCUGGGAUAUGCGUACAGCAAUGAGGAGGAAGUGGCCUUGUACACCGCUAGGCUGACGCCGAUCCUCGCGGUGUGCACCUUAUUCGACAGUCUGCAGUGUGCUCUUUCAGGUGUUGUUAGAGGCUGUGGCCGGCAAAGGAUUGGUGCCUUCAUCAACCUCUCUGCAUUCUACAUUGUUGGCAUCCCUGCGGCAUCCAUAUUCGCCUUUGUCUUUCAUCUCAGAGGAACGGGACUCUGGUUUGGUAUCUUGUGCGGAGUAGCAGUCCAGAUGCUCCUGCUUCUCUGCAUCACCUUGUGCACCAACUGGAACAAAGAGGCAUUGAAAGCCAAUGAUAGAGUUUUCAGUUCUUCUCUUCCUGUCGGCAACACGUUAACAUCAGGUGGUAGCGAGCAUCCAAAUGGAUGCAGUUUUGUUGGAAAGGAUGCGCAAGGAACCAAUGAGGGGACAAAGGGUUCUACUACUCCGAGCACAGGUUGAUGGCAGUAAAAUGUUGGUUAUCACUGCUCCGAGCACAGGUUGAUGGCAGUAAUGUUGGCUAUGUAGUCUCUUAAAAGUUAGUGUUAGACUAGUAAGUAGCAUCAUGUGGCGUGUACUCGCUACUUUGCUCUUCAGUUAGAAGCUUCCUUCAUCCUUGUAUCUAGGAAAAGAUAUGAAAGGAAUCGGUGCUCGUAGACUAACUAAGAGAGGAGGGGUAAAUUAGAUCAACUUAAAACCUUAAAACCUUAA